UCUCCUCACACAUAGAGUACCCUCCCUUAGCUGUGUCAUCUGCGAUGCCAUUGGUGAAAUAGGACGCAAUGGACCCUUGCCUUUACCAGACGGGCACUCCAAAGAAAUGGGAAUGGACGAAGACAAGACUGACAAUCCACCAACUUGCAAAAUGUUGGUGGUUGAUAAACUUCUUGACAGACUAACAAAUUCCAAGGAAAAUAAGGUCCAAGAAAGAUCUGCGCAUGCUCUAGGGUAUCUGUUAGUUGGCGAGCCUAAGUUUGCUCACCGACAAAAACUGAUUGACGGACUGUGCGAGGCUGCAAAGAUUCGUCAGGUCGAAUUACAAUUUACUAUCGGUGAAUCUCUUUCUUGUGCUGGCGCUGGAUAUCGUUCUCAGGCAGCUCGUGACCCCUGGACAGCACAGGCAAUGGAAGCUAGGGCCGAUGAGCCUGAUACUGACGUCAUGAAGGACUUGAUAGAGAUGAUAGUCACUAAGCACUCCAAGAAUCCUGUCCCACAUGCUCGGCAGGCCUCAUGUGUCUGGCUGCUCGCUCUCGUUAAAUAUUCGGGAAACCAUUCAGCCAUUCAGAACGAUUUGCGAAGAAUCCAGAUGACUUUCAUGAGCUUUUUGGCUGAGUCUGAUGAACUUACCCAAGAGGUGGCCUCCAAAGGYCUGGGUCUAGUAUACGAACUUGGAGGCGAAGAAAGACGAGAGGAACUGGUAUCAUUACUCGUUGAUACCUUGACAAGUGGAGGGAGACGGAAUAUGCAAGUCACUGAGGAGACGAAGGUGUUUGGCGAGGGUGAAUUAGGGAAAGCACCAGAGGGGUAUGGUACAGUAUGAUUAUCCAAGCGAUAUAUGAUGAUGAUGGCUGUAAGGAACACACCGCUGCCUUCCUCUUGUCUAUAGGUCAUUACAGAUAAUUGGAAUGCAGCGUAAUCCAGGGGACAAAAAAACUGGAUUCUAGUUCCCUAGAG